CGCGCUGCUGCACGAGUUGUGGAGCCGCCGAGGAGGCGCUCACUUCCGCGUCGGGCCCCGCGGCGUCCGGCUGUCGCGCCGAGGGCCGGGCGGGUCGCAGAGGGGGACUGGGACUACCAUUGUCUUGCAGUUUUUGAAAGUGUUUCAAAGCAAAAAUUCACGUGUCAGAGAGAGCGAUGGAAGGUCCUAAGGCCGAAGAAGAGGUGUUAGAUAUUCUUCGACUGAACGUGGGAGGCUGUAUUUACACAGCCAGGCGUGAGUCCUUGUGCCGCUUUAAGGAUUCGAUGUUGGCAUCCAUGUUCAGCGGUCGUUUUCCCGUAAAAACAGAUGAAUCAGGGGCUUGUGUUAUUGACCGUGAUGGACAUCUGUUUAAAUACCUGUUGGAUUAUCUUCAUGGAGAGGUUCACAUUCCCACAGACGAGCAAACCCGUGUGGCUCUGCAGGAGGAGGCAGAUUACUUUGGCAUCCCUUAUCCGUACAGCCUGUCUGACCACUUGGCCAAUGAGAUGGAGACAUAUUCUUUAAGGUCAAAUAUAGAACUUAAAAAGGCUUUAACAGACUUCUGUGAUUCGUAUGGUUUAGUUUGCAGUAAACCAACAGUUUGGGUUCUGCACUAUCUCAGCACGUCUGGUGCGAGCUGUGAGAGUAGAAUUAUUGGGGUGUUUUCCACCAAAACCGACGGAACAGAUGCCAUUGAUAAGCAGCUGGGGGGAAGAAUUCAUAGCAAAAGCAUUUUUAAAAGAGAGGCUGGGAAUAACGUUCAGUACAUUUGGAGCUAUUAUUCAGUAGCAGAAUUGAAGAAAAUGAUGGAUGCCUUUGAUGCCUGGGAAGGAAAAGGCGUUAGCUACUGGCGGGUGCCUCACGAGCUGAUAGAAUGCUGGACUCUGGAAGAACGGCCUUUACUUGGAAGCCUGCGCCACAUGGCCCCAGUUCGAAAGAGACGACUGACAGUGUUCAAUGAAGAGGAAGAAGAAGGCGUGAACUGUAAGACUGGUCCUAAGCCAGUCCGAUUUUUGGGUCCUUCCACCAGCACCCAAAUUAAAGUCAAGAACUCGGCUUCGGUCAGGGUGUCUCCGGCCGCUGCUGCCCAGCCCUGGUCCCCGGCGCCGGUGAACCCGGCUGCGGGAGGAAAGGCCGCUCAGCGCACUGCCCCGUCGAAAGCCCCGUCCCCGGUGGGCACCGCGGUGCCCGGGCGUCCCCAGGCCGCCGGGGGGACUGGGGCAGCUGAAAACGGAGCGGCGCACCCACCUCCAGCUAAAGUUCUGCUCUCCGACAAGAAGGCCACCCCGCACCGAGUGAUAAAACUGAAGCGGACUCCACUGCGCGCCUUCCCUGGGCCUUCCCCGCCCGCCUGCGCCGCAGCGAGGCCCGCGGGGCCCCCGGGGCCGCCCCCCGACGCCCCCAGCCCCUCGGAACCACAGACUGAGAACGGGAAGGACAAGACUGGUUGAUGGAAACCGGGUACUUGAGAAGUCCCGUCUGCCUCUUCGAGCUUCCAACCCGUUUAAUGCAAAUAAGAGUGGCACUCUUUCCUGCUACCGUGGAGGUGAAAACUUACGUUUCUAUUUAGGCUGAAUCAGGGGAGGUAGGAAUGGAGGAGGGAGGCUGUAAGUGGUUGGGCUUAUAUUUACUUUUUUCUUUUCCCAGCGUUUAAAUUAUUUGUCUAGGGACAGUUUUAAUUUCAAAUUUUUAAGUGAGAGAGAGAGUGUGUGUGUGUGUGUGUGUGUGUGUGUGUGUGUGUGUGUGUGUGUGUGAUGUUUAAUUAACAUUAAGGCAACAAAACAGUACAGCGGAAUCAUCACUAGAGAAGUCCACUUUGUUGCUGAGAUAAUCAUAGACUAGGCACUUUUGUAACGUUUCUCACUGCAGCCCAGGGGUAGGAGUGAGGUUUGGGCUUAGGUCUUCCUGUCUGGUGAAAUAGGGCGAUUCCCUGUGCUGUCUCAGACGGGGGUGAUUUGAGAGAAAAUGUAGAUCAGGAUGAACUCCCUACAGGUCGCUUCUCAAAAAGUAGCAUGAAAACAAAUGAUAGGGAGGGAAAAAAAGGCAAUUUGAGAUCACCUUUGACUGUCUCUUUGCUGAACUAUUUUCUUUCCUAGAUUGGCUUUUCUUACUCUUCCAUUAGCAGAUUUAUUUAUAUAUGACAAGAAGAUUUCUUGGAAUAAGAGCUGUUUAACUGUCUUUGGAAUGAAUUGUUAAAAUAUCUUAAUUUGAAUACUGAAAUUUUGAAAGGACUUUGAAAGAGAGAAGUUAAAAGUUUAACUUUUUCACUAAAGUUAGCAUUUGUUUUUCAAAAAUGACCCUUAAAGAGUCAUUCUGAUUAUACAACAUGAUUUUUUUAUGCAUAAAAGUUCCACAUAACUUGAAUUUAAUAUUUUUAAACAGAAUAUUUUGAUUAAUCUUCUAUUUUUUCACAACUGUUCAGUUGUAUGUGUUUACACUUACAUGUUAUAUUUUAUAAUUGGAUCACAUAUUUCUGCCUUUCGUGAGCAGUAUGCCUACAGUGUGUUAAAAGUAAGUUCAUAAAGCAGGGUACUUUUUACUCAAUGCAUAUCACUCUACUUGCAUUGGUUUGAAAGAGCAAAGUAAAUAUACUCAAAACAUUACUUUUUACAAAAUAAAGUAAAACUUUUCUAUAAAAAGUGAUAUUUUCUAUGACUGUACUUAUUUUUAAGCCCUGCAGUCCUUUAGUAGUUUGAAAGCUUGUUCAUUUAUCUCUUUUAUCUAUUUCUGCUUACAAAAUUGCUUUCUUGUCUAGUUAAUGUGUGAAAUAAUUAAACCAAUUUUGGAUAGCUAUCCAAAUACCAGCAGCCUUUUACAAUAAGGUGGUUUAUUUGGCUGGAAAAAAAUGAAUAUUUAACUAAAGAUUCAUGAAUGAUAUUCCCCUGUGGAAUCUAUAAAAUAUUCAGUCUCCUUGAAAAAUACUAUUAUAAAGAAUCCAGGCCUUCUGAAAAUUAAAGACCAUAGUGAGUUUUGAGAACUUUAGGAUAUUGUAAGUAUUGCUUGAUCUUUGACAUUAUGAAUUGCUGAUUCAUAUAAGAAAAUUUUAUACUAAUAAACGUGUAUUUUAUACAUGAUAAACAUUUGUCUGGAAAGGCAAUAUGUUGAAGAUUAAUCAUGAAUGAUUCAGUCAACAGUCUGCAUUUCUUUGCAUCAAGUAGUUUAAGGGACAUCUAUUUAGCACAUUUGGCCUUUGUAAGAAGAGAGGUUUUGGAAUAACUGCUGAGCCGUUGCACAGCUGAGGUGGAAAGGGACAAACCAUCCCUUAUAGAUAUCAGCAGUCAAAAUCAAAUUCAGAAUUCUCCAGUAACUUGAACAUUACUUUAUUUGGGUGUGGGUCCCUGGGAGUUAGGUUCAUUUCACAUGAAAACUCAUUUUUCCUAAUACCAGAUUUUGCAAACAUAAAAAAGCUGGUAACUCAUCAUAACCCACUCACUCUUUUUAAGUACACUAAGUUUUGAUAUAUAUACAGUCAUGCAACUGUGGUCACAAUCAAAAUAUAGAAUAUUCUAUCACCUCAAAAAUUUCCCGUGGGCCCUUUUGUAGUCAAUGCCCUGCUCUCCAUUCCUGGAAAAUAAAUUGUUUUUCAAAGGAAAGCAUGUUUUAUAAAUAUUGAUUCAUUAUCAUUACUUUGGAAAAGUAGGUUUGUGUAGUUAGAUCAGAAGACACGGCAGAAAUUGUGAAUGGUGAGUAUAGUAUUUUAAGUAUUGUUCAUAUAAAAAAAAAGAUCAUUUACCAUGCCCUCCCAGGUAAUCUGUGUUGGAAAAUGGUUUGCCCUGAUUAAAACUGAUUAAUUAUAUGGUAGAAAGCCUAAGGCUGGCAUUCAGUCUACUGAAGGAUUUGUUUCAUUUUUAUUUUUAAAUAAGUUUUUUGUGUCAAUAUUGCCUUAUGUUACCAGUUUAUAAAGUAUUUUCAUGUAUUUUAUUUCAUUGUGUUCAUUUUGCUUCUUAGUUGCAGAAUAGCGUAUGAAGGUAGUCUUUCCCAAUUCUUUAAAGAUCAGGAAAAUGAGGUCUAACAAAGUUAAGGCUAUACAGUAAUGACCCUCCUCCCCCAUUUCAGCUCCAUAAUCUAAUUUCUACAGGAUGACACAGCAUCACUGACCAAAGGAAAAGCUAGAGGGGAGAAGUAGAUGUAAAAGUGAAAAUUUGUUUAAUAUUUAACGUUUUUGAGCAGGAAGGUAUUAUGUAUUAGAUUACAUGUCUGUCUUCUAGGUUACUUCUUCUCUGUCACUUCUGUACUUGAAAUGCCUGGUACACAGCAGGCCUCCAGUAAAUUGCUGACACUUAGGGCAGAUCCCCCCCGCCCCAAUUAUUUUAUAAAAUGUGUCUGGUAGCAGUCUUCAGGGGGUGCAGAAACUGACUUCCAACCUUGCAGAAUUUAUCCUGUCAGAACAAAGAAGGUGGCUAGUAGAAGUUCCUUAAUUCAGUGAUUAUUGCUAUUGACCACAAUUGCCACUAGUAAUGGCCAUAACAGGUAUGUACCUUGUCCAGCUUUGCAAAGUAGUUCAGAGACAUGGAUCAUGAGACUUCACAGAGGUCAGACAGAUGCUGCCUGACUUCCGAGAAAGGAAAAAAGCAGCCGGCUUUGUGCUCCUGCUAGAAUUGCUGAUGCAAUUUCUUUUUCAUUUACAGACUGAACUCUGUUGUUUCCUUAGCAAGUGCUAACAUUGAAAAAAAUUGUUGAUUCACUUCCCAGUCUAUGGUUAAAUACAGUAUAAUUAUUCUCCACUCUACCUUGAUUUCUAAAGAAGGAAUUAAUGUAGAAGCCUACUUGUCUUUACCUGAGAAAUUGUUCAUGGAAGAAUUUUUAUUUAAAUAGCAUUUUGAAUGUGCACAAAGCCUUAUGGUAGUAAACUGUUCUGUAAAGGGAAGAAGGUUAACGUUUAUAUAAACAGAGAUGCCUUACAAAGAAUUGCCUUGUUUAUACCUGCAAUCCCUUUGACUAGCUUUAGUCUACAUUUGGUAGGAUGUUGGUUAGAUACUAAGUAGAAAGUAUGGAUUUAAUAAAAUUAAGGGAAGGAGCUUCUAGUAUAGCAACUGAAAAGUAUUUUUAAAUG